UUAAUUUCUUAUUCUCAAGUCAUAAUUUAAUACUUUUUUAGUAAUUUGGUAUGAGCAAUUAUUUCAUUUUGGCAAGGGCAUUUCCGUCACACGCCAACUAUUUUAAACAAUUCAAAACUGUACAAACAUUAUUCUUAGAGAGAGAGAGAGGAGAGUGAGAGAGAGAAAAUGGAGGGGAGAAGCCAGGUGGCGAGCGAAUUGGAGCCGUGGCGCCGGCUGGAAAACAAGGUGGUGCUAGUGACCGGCGCAUCGUCCGGCUUCGGUCGCGAGUUCUGUCUGGACUUGGCUAAAGCCGGCUGCAGAGUCGUAGCCGCGGCUCGGAGGACGGACCGGCUGCAGUCACUGUGCGACGAGAUAAACGGCGCCGGGAUCGGCUCGCCAGAACACCAACCGAGAGCCGCGGCUGUGGAGCUCGACGUCAGCGCAAGCGGGCCCACCAUUGAAGCUUCCGUUCAGAAAGCCUGGGCUGCGUUUGGACGAAUCGACGCUUUGAUCAAUAAUGCUGGUAUUAGAGGUAAGAUCCACACUCCACUUGAUUUGACGGAGGAGGAAUGGGACAUUACGAUGAGAACAAACCUAACCGGAACAUGGCUCGUCUCGAAAUACGUAUGCACGCGUAUGCGUGAUGCUAAGAUAAGCGGGUCCCUCGUUAGCAUCUCUUCCAUUGCCGGUCUCGAACGUGGUCAACUACCCGGUGGCCUCGCUUAUGCUUGCUCCAAAACCGCCAUCAACACAAUGACUAAGGUAAUGGCAUUGGAAUUGGGGAUUUAUGGAAUAAGAGUGAACUCGAUAUCGCCGGGGCUUUUCAAAUCGGAGAUAACACAAGGGCUAGUGGAGAAGCAUUGGCUAAAAAACGUGGAAAGAAGAACGGUUCCUCUGAGAAGUUACGGUACGUUGGAUCCAGCGCUGACAUCACUCUUGCGAUACUUGAUCCAUGAUUCUUCCAAGCAGGUCACGGGGAAUCUUUUCAUUGUCGAUGCGGGGACCACGUUACCUGGUGUUCCCAUUUUCUCCUCCCUUUAGAAUGUUUGUUCUGUUGAAGGAGGAUGAGAAUGGGGAGGAAGGCUGUGUUUGGCUCAUUUUAGAAAAAAUCUUUUCACUCUAUACCUAAAAAUAAGUUUGUGUUUGUUUAAAUUUCCAAAUUGAGAAUCACAAUUCUUUUGUGGGGAAUAAGGCCCCCUAAACCGGGCCAAACAGAGCCCAAAAUUGAAUGAAAUUUUGUAUAAUUUUGUCCCGGUA